AUGCUCAACAUGUCUGCCAAGAGAGAGAGUGCUCCUCAGGACAUCGAAACCGAUGUCUUUGUUGUCGGUGCUGGCGUCACCGGACUUACCUUCGCAGGGUUACUGGCGACCGCCGGUGUGCGAGCUUUCACAAUAGCCAAACAUCGUGGAACAGCGCCCUCGCCACGAGCCCAUGUCACCAAUCAACGGACCAUGGAAGUCUUUCGAGAUAUGGGCAUUGAAGGGCGCGUGCUGGAGGUGUCAACGCCGCUGCGGCUUUUGGGGAACGGGGUCAUAUGCACUAGUCUGACAGGCAUGGAAAUAGCACGUUAUAGCUGCUACGGGGCCGGCUCUCAUCAGCUUUCCGACUUUGCUGCGGCUAGCCCAUCGGAAAUGAUGAAUACACCACAGCAUUUUCUUGAACGAAUUUUAUUGGCACAUGCACAGGAAAAAGGAGCCGAAGUUCGUUUCAACAACGAAUUGAUCAGCAUUGAACAAACAGUCGAGGGCGUUGUCGGCCGAGUGCGAAACCGACAGACAGGUGCUGAAUAUACAGUCCGCGCAAAAUAUGCGAUCGGAGCCGAUGGCGGCCGGUCAGUGGUAGCUCAGCAAGCUGACGUUGAAUUCAAAGGCGAGCCUGGGCUCAUCAACAUGCUCACUUCGUGGCUGGAAGCCGACGUCACGCAAUAUACAGCUUACCGGCCAGCCUGCAUUUACAUGAUGGCACAGCCUGGAAACGCAUUCUGGGUGGGUUCGGGAACAUUGGUUGCUGUCAAACCAUACAACGAAUGGCUCCUGAACCGACAGUAUAACACCAGCGAGGAGCCAGACCUAUCUGACAACGCUAUCAUUGCGUACGCACAAAAGGCCUUGGGCAUUCCCGAUCUGAAGAUCAAGGUAAUAGAAACCAGCAAAUGGCAGGUAAACAAUAUGUAUGCGACCCAGACUCGCCACGGACGCAUCUUCUUAGCCGGGGACGCGGCUCACCGCCACCCGCCUGCCAGCGGACUGGGAAGCAACACCUGUGUACAAGAUGCGUACAACCUAGUCUGGAAACUCGCGCUGGUUGUGGCUGGAAAGGCGGCAGAUCAACUGCUAGAGAGCUAUAACCAGGAAAGACAACCUAUAGCCCAGCAAAUAGUACAGCAUGCGGUCCAGUCACUCUAUAAUUUUGCACGAGUGCCGCAAGCUUUAGGCUUCAAACAGGGCCAAUCAACCGAAGAGGGCUACGAAUCACUGGAAGACCUCUUUUCGGACUCUCCGACAGCUGAAAAACGUCGGGCGGAACUGAAAGAGGCUGUGGACUUGCAGAACCGCCGGUCCAACGCUCUUGGUCUACAGUUGGGUCAUCGGUAUCAUGGCUCCGACGCGAUAGUAUACGAUGGAACACCCUUCCCCCGGUAUCAACGGGACCUAGUGCUCUUCUACGAACCUACAACACAUCCUGGAGCUUAUCUACCACAUGCCUGGAUAGAGUUCCUGACCCAGCGCAUCUCAACGUUGGACAUAUUUGAACACGGCCGGUUUGGGCUCAUAGUAGGAAUCGGUGGCGAGCCUUUCGUGGAUGCCGCAAAAAAAGUGAGCCAAGAACUGGGUAUCGAACUACCGGUCUACAAGAUUGGGUAUCGUUGCCCGUACGAUGACGUGCUUGGAGAAUGGUACAAUCUACGUGAGAUUGGCGAUCGUGGUGCAAUUUUGGUACGCCCUGAUCGUCACAUUGCCUGGCGGACAUUUGAUCGCCCUGAUGAGCCUACUGAGGCCUUACGAUCCGCGUUACAACAAGUGCUUGGUCAUUGGAGCGGGAAGGAGGCGACGAACCAGUUUAGUGAAUAG